AUGAGCGAAAACGAUAAUAUCGAAAGCCCGGCGAUGGCUAAAAUCCCCUACUGGCGAUUGGUCGCCGACCAGGCUGGUAUCACACCAGCAGUCCAAAACUACAAGUACGAUGGUUCAGGUACAGAGGAGGACCCCUACAGGGUGAAAUGGAUCCCCAAUGAUCCCCGAAACCCCAUGGAGUUCAGUCAAGUCAAGAAGUGGUUCAUCACCAUGACUGUCGCUAUGACCACUCUCGCUGUCGCCCUUGUAUCAUCCGCCUACACUGGUGGCAUCCGACAGAUCAUCGUUGAGUUCAACAUUAGCCAAGAAGUCGCUACCCUCGGUGUUUCUCUGUUCGUCUUGGGUUUCGCAAUUGGUCCUCUUCUCUGGGCCCCUCUUAGCGAGAUGUUUGGUCGUCAAUACCUCUUCAUUGGUACCUAUGCCGCUCUUACUGCCUUCAACUCUGGCUGCGCUGGCGCCAACAAUGCCACCACUCUUAUUGUUCUGCGAUUUUUCGCUGGCGCUUUCGGUUCAUCGCCUCUUACCAACGCUGGUGGUACCAUUGCCGACAUGUUCCCCGCUUCCCAGCGUGGUCUCGCUAUGGCCAUCUUUGCUGCCGCUCCCUUCCUUGGCCCCGUCCUCGGUCCCAUCAUUGGAGGUUUCCUUGGUAUGAACGCUGGUUGGCGAUGGGUCAUGGGCUUCCUCGGUGCCUUCUCCGGUACUCUCUGGAUCAUUGGUACCCUGCUUGUUCCCGAGACUUAUGCCCCCGUCCUUCUCCGUCGCCGUGCCGCCAAGCUCUCCAAGAUGACUGGCAAAGUCUACGUUAGCCAGGUUGACCACGACCGUGGCAAGGUUACUCUCGGCGAAUCCUUCAAGACUGCCCUUUCGCGUCCCUGGAUCCUCCUCUUCCGAGAGCCUAUUGUGCUUCUCCUUUCCAUCUACAUGGCCAUUGUCUACGGAACUCUUUACAUGCUCUUCGGUGCCUUCCCCAUUGUUUACCAGCAGCAGCGUGGCUGGAACACCGGUGUCGGUGGCCUUGCUUUCCUUGGUAUCAUGAUUGGUAUGCUCGCAGCUAUCGGAUACACCAUCCCCAUGAACAAGCGCUACGUCAAGAUCGAGAAGGAGAACGGUGGCUUCGCCCCUCCUGAAGCUCGUCUCCCCUCAUGCCUCAUCGGCUCCAUCUGCCUGCCCAUCGGUCUCUUCUGGUUCGCCUGGACCAACGGCCCCUCCACUCACUGGCUCGUCAGCAUUGCUGCCGGUGUCCCCUUCGGCUUCGGCAUGGUUCUCGUCUUCCUCAGUGUCAUGAACUACCUCAUUGACGCCUACACCAUCUUCGCCGCCUCAGUUCUGGCUGCCAACUCAGUCCUCCGAUCUCUCUUCGGUGCUGCUUUCCCUCUCUUCACCAGCUACAUGUACAAGGAUCUCGGCAUUCACUGGGCUUCUUCUGUCCCCGCCUUCCUUGCCCUGGCCUGUGUUCCCUUCCCCUUCUUGUUCUACAAGUACGGUGCUUCCAUUCGUGAGAAGUGCAAGUUCGCUGCUCAAUCCGCUGCUUUCAUGCGCAAGCUACAGAACGACAACGCCCCCGCUUCCGAAGAAGAGAAGCGAGAGGAUGAUGUCCCUGAGGAGGAGACCUUUGACGAUGAUGCCUCCACCGAGGUUGACGAGCCCGCCUAUGCUCCCAUCACUGCAACAAGGACCCAUCAAUCCACACGAUCCCACGCCUCUCGGGCUUCUCGUGCCUCGCGGGCUUCAAUGGCGUCACGCCGCAAGUCGUACGAGGGUAACCCUUACGACAUUGACCGCGUCAACACAAGGCAAUCAUUCACAUAA